AUGGCGAUAGAAGACGAGCGCUACAGGCAGUCGAGCCAAUAUCGGCUCUGGUCGUUUACGCCGGCGAACCUUCAAGAACUGCGCGCAAAAACAAACUCCCUCGCUCGAGAACAGAUCGCUCCUCGACUUGCGACAGAUCCUCCGCCCGAUUUUCUUACCCCCGAUGAAGAGAUACGCCUCGUCAAGUUCUUCACCGUCGAGCUUAUUCGUGCGGCUCAAUUCUGCGAGCUUCCUACUGAGAUUCGAGCGACGGCCGCUAUCUUUCUGCGACGAUUCUACGUGACCAACUCGGUCAUGACCUACCCUGCGACCGAUCUCCUCAAAACAUCACUCUUCUUUGGAUGCAAGGCCGAAGGUUUCUUCUACAAGCUAAAUGCCUUUUCAGAGAAGUUUCCAAACACAACGGGCGAGCAAAUUCUGGCGGGAGAGUUUCUUCUCUGUCAGGGUAUCCGCUUUGCGUUUGAUGUGCGACAUCCGUUCAGAGCGCUCGAGGGUGCCAUCCUGGAGUUGAGAAGGAGGUUACCAGACGAAGAGACGCGAAUCAAUAAGGCGCAUGCCCGCGCGCGAGACAUUCUCAAGUUCAGUCCUCUGGUGACAGAUGCAUAUUUCCAUUAUGCGCCUAGUCAAAUCAUGAUGGCGGCGCUUUCCAUGGUAGAUCAUGGACUGCUCGACACUUUGAUCCCGACUCCUGGUCAAGGCGGCAAUGCUAGUCAGGAAUCAGCUUUUGCAAACAUGCGAGACAAGAUUCUAGGAGCUGUGGACAGCUGCCGCAAGAUGCUUGAAGAGGAACCUCCCGAGAGAAUGACAGAGUAUUGGGGGACGUCCAAGGGAGCUCUUCAUCACCCUAUGAAACAGCUGGAAUGCAACGCUAGCAGUGCCGAGGCCUUGGCAGCGUCUUCAAUUGAGUUGUCUGUUACGCGGUUCGGUGGCCUCCAACGCCUUGAACCGAUACAACAAACAGGCUUUUCUCAGGUUCAAUACGAGCAGGACCAAGAGCCUUGGCGUGGGCUGAGUAGCACUUCACCAUUCUGGCCAUUGAUGACGCUUGAGCUCUUGGUCUAUGUCAUUGACUCUGUUUUGAGUCUGGUCUCGCAAGGGCUCGUGCUGGGCGAAGUUUUACCAAUUGGCCAGGAUGCUGCCGCGAGAGCUAACGGGGUUCUUGUCGAGCUUGUUUCUCGAGGAGUUCUUAAGCUGUGUGUUCCCCCCCGUAUUUUGGGUUUACGUUGUUUCUCCAAGAUUAACUCUGUCCAGUCGAUCAUCAAAAUGAAGCUGCAGUCUCUUGUCACCCUCGCCCUCUCGGGCUACGCUACCGCCCAGAGCCGUCCCAACCUUACUGCUGCUCUUGAGUCUGAGAACUCUACCCUCUCUGAGCUCAGCGGCCUUCUCCGUGCCCAGCCCAGUCUUCUCAGAGACCUUGGCCGUCUUAGGAAUGUCACCAUCUUGGCCCCAAGCAACGACGCCAUCAAGGACCUCCUCAAUGACACCGCUGUUGCCCGCAUGGUCGAGAACGAUCCCAGCUCCGUCGCUGCUAUCCUUCAAUACCACGUUCUGAACGGUACCUACUAUGCCAGCAACAUCAGCGACACACCCGCUUUUGUCCCUACGCUCCUCAACAAUGCGACAUAUGCCAAUGUCACUGGUGGACAGCGUGUCGAGGCUCUGGCCAUGGGCGAUACUGUCAGCUUCUACAGUGGUUUCCGUCAACAAUCCAAUGUCACCAAGGCUGACCUCAACUUCACUGGUGGUGUCAUUCACAUCAUCAACAAGGUCCUCGCUGUCCCCAAGAACCUUUCCGACACGGCCAUCGCCGCCAACCUCUCCGCCGUUGCUGGCGCUCUGACCGAGUCCAAGCUCGUCACAAACCUCACCAACGAGAAGAACAUCACUGUCUUUGCUCCCAGCAACAGCGCCUUUGCCAACAUUGGUUCUGUCCUCUCCAACUUGAGCGAGUCCGAUCUUGAGAGCAUUCUCAAGUACCACGUUGUCAACAACACUCUUGGCUACAGCUCAACCCUCAAGAACGGUUCUCUUACCACUUCUGAGGGUGAGAAGCUCAACAUUGUUAUCCACAACGGUACUGUCUGGGUCAACGAGGCCAAGGUCAUAGUUCCUGAUGUCCUCAUCGCCAACGGUGUUGUACAUGUCAUUGAUGCUGUCCUCAACCCCGACAAGCCUUCUGCCACCGCCAACCCUACCGCCAGCACCCAGGAGGCCGCUUUCUCCGGCGCCAGCUCCGUCAGCGACAUCCCCUUCACAUCGGGUGUUCCCGAGAACACAAACACAGCUGCGGCCACUGGCCUGUCGCCUUCGACCUCCACUGAAGGCGCUGCCCAGGCCACUGCUGCCAUUGCGCUCGGCGCCCUUUUCGGUGGUGCUGCCCUUGUCAUGAACUUCUGA